CAGUUGUUGAGACACUGACCCAUGAACAACCAAUUCAAUGCUUGUCAACUCAAAGUGUGCGUUCACCUACCAUCACCCCCCCUGAGCUUCACAAUUUUCCAGUUCGCUAACCCCCCAAAAUCUCUCCAUUAAUCCAAUUUCUUGUUCUUGAGAUUUUGGGGUUUCGCAUUUUGAUUCUAAAAAUCUAUUAAAGUGAUCACACAAAUGGAUGUAGAGUUACCCAUAUCUAAUAAUCUAGCCACCACGUUCGACGAGGUCUCUUUGGAGCGUAGCAAAAGCUUCGUCAUAGCCUUGCAGGUUUCUAUCUUUUGGGCGUCCAAUUUUUGCACAGCAAAUUUCGUGUUUUCUCUUUUUCUUUUUGUUUCACUUAUCUCCUGCAUUGAAGAACAAUGAUUUUGCUUCGUUUACAUGAUGUUAAAAGGAAAUUUGGAGAAGUGCAUGCAUCUUGUUUGAAAGGUUGUCUUAAAGAAAAUUUUGAGCUUUAUGCAUGUUCAAAGCUUUUCUAUCUGGCCCCUGACAUUUUGCAGGAGCUGAAGAAUUUGAGGCCUCAGCUUUAUUCAGCUGCAGAGUACUGUGAAAAGUCAUACAUACAUAGUGAACAGAAGCAGAUGGUACUCGACAACCUGAAAGACUAUGCUGUACAGGCUCUUGUUAAUGCUGUUGAUCACCUUGGUACUGUGGCUUACAAGUUAACUGAUCUUAUCGAGCAGCAAAUAUUGGAAGUGUCAGCCAUGGAGCUACAAGCAUCUUGUUUGCAUCAGCAACUUCAUACGUGCCAAGUAUACACCGGAAAAGAAGGUCUCCGGCAGCACCAGGUGUUUGCAUUUAUCCCCAAACAUCACAAGCACUACAUUUUACCAAAUUCCGUAAACAAGAAGGUUCAUUUUAGUCCUCUCGUGCGUACAGAUUCUAGACAAAAAUAUUUCGAGGCUUCUUGUCUUCAACCUUUUGAUAGUCCUGCACCAAAGCCUCUUUCAUGUUACUUAGCCUUGGAAACGAAGCCUACUUCGAAAGGGAAUUCAGACACUUUGGCAAGCAACGAAAUCUCGAAACAUUCGGGCAAUGGUUCUGAAGUUUUCCGGCUAUUGGAUAAUGGAGAUAACACGAGGAUAAAGUCUUCGGCAGCACCUUAUCUUGCUUCGAAUCCACUUUUUCCAACACUGGGUAUCACACAUGGGGAAUCGGAGGGACCGUCGAUGGCAUUCAGGUCAUUUGAUAACCGAAAGCAUCAGAUCGUUCGUGCACCUGUUAGAAGCCAAAGCUUGCUCUCAGCUUUCUUUGUCAAACAGAAAGCAAUGAAGCUAAAAGCUGGAUAUGUUGCAUGAAUCUCCAUUUGAACAAUCCCAAUGCCACCAUGUAAAUCACUCAUUGUGGAUAAUGAAGAUGAGUUACAUGAUCCACUCUUAUGAAUGGUUUGUAUAUUUGAAUGUUCAUUGUUAAUUUUCCCUAGAAAUUUCAUAAAUUUUCCAUGAAAAUGAAUUGUCAAAUUACAAAUUUUCACAUCCAAUUGAAAAAAAAGGUUAGUGGUUGAAAAUUUUAAA